AUGGCUUGGAUGAGCACAUUGGCUAGUAUUGGAAUAGCCUUAGGAUCUCCAUUGGUCUAUCUCGAUCAAUACCUGUCGAUCCAAAAGACGCAGAGUUCGCAAGGGUUUUCGCAUCUGAUCUGUGUAGUUCUUCUGAUAGCCAAUAUUACGCGAUUGUUUUACUGGCUUGGGGAGAGAUUUGACACGGCCCUACUAGUGCAAUCGAUUCUAAUGAUCAUAGCUCAACUCGGCCUACUAAGGAUCUGUCUGAAGUAUACUCCAACAAACCCCACCAGUCGACCGCUCGAAGAUCAGGAGAGCUGUAUACCGGACGGGAGCUUACGAUACGAUGACCAUCCCGAGCAGGUCUUCCAGUCCUCCGGAACAGAACCUCUCAGGAGCAGAUCGCCUCCGACUAUCAUCAAUAAUAAUAAUCACAAUCACCAGACUGUCGAUCUCAGCACUCAACAACCUCCUUUCUCUAUCAAUCGCUCUUCCCCUCACUCCUUCGAUCAUUAUAUCGACUUCUUCGCUCUCUUGUUUGCCGUCGAAGCCGCCCUCUUUAUCCUCUUUCAACGAUAUGACUGGUUUAUUCAAGCCAUCGGUUUCUUCUCUCUGGGGCUCGAAAGCACGUUACCAAUCCCACAAUUAAUCACUAACUUUCGUAGGAAAUCUCUAGCUGGACUGAGUUCGAUGGUCUUGUUUGGCUGGCUAUUCGGAGAUAGUUUCAAAUCGAUCUAUCUAGUCUUCGUUACUCCCGAUUCGAAUUCAAUCCAAUUCAAGAUCUGUGCAUUAUUUCAACUCUCGAUCGAUAUCUUAAUCCUAACCCAAGCAUUAAUCUAUCGACGGCAGACCAAGCUAGAUUCGAUCGAACUCGAAGGCUCUCCUGAUCACCCCGCGCCUUCAUCAAUGGGCAUGCCACCAGAUCUAGUCGACCAUCCCGACCAGUCUGCUCAUGAUCCUCGCUCUCGGUUGAUGAUCGUCGAUGACUCCGCCCAUGUCGUCUGA